AUGGGUGACGGACUUAUUAAAGACUCCAUUGAAAAAGCACAUUCUUUUAAUCUACCAAGAUCUGCAUCACAUACGCUAUCUGCUGAGAAUAAUCAGUUACAUACACCAAAUGUUUCUUCAUUCAAAUUAAAUUCAUAUAAUGCAGAUGAUCAUAAAUUCGAUAUACAACAGAAUUAUACCACAUUAAACAAAAAAUUAAGAUAUAAAUUAAGUAAUUUUCAACAAAGUAGAAUGGCGCAUAAGCCAUAUAAGGAUAUUUCUUCUCCUUCAACUCCACCAUCUAUUUCGCCUACCCCAUGUUCACCAACAUUAAAAUGUUCAGAAUUUUUAAAUCUUCAUCCCAAUAGAGUUGCACCAAAGAGACCAAUUGAAAAUGAUAAGUUAACUUCAGUCUCACAUACUACAUCGAUUAAUAAUUGUGAUAAACUAAAAUCCACAACUUCAAGAAGACCAAGUUUAAGUGCCAGAAGAGGCAUGAGACUGUCACUGAAUAAGUUAGGAUUGAAGGAAACUACAGAGAAUAAAAAUAAAAAAUUACAUAGCCAUAAAGAUAAUAAUGAAAAAGACUAUCUUAUGUUUAAAACAAAGCAAACAGAUACUGUCACUGGGACAGGUUCUAACACAAAUGUCGCUCCUCCUUCUACAUUGUCAGCAUUAGAUGUCUGUGAUAAUUAUGAUGACGAUGAUGACGAUGACAAUGAUAUGUUUUCACAUCAAAUGGCAACACCUCUGACUCCCGCAAAUUUACCACUUGAAAUGGAUCUCGGUAAACAGGAAGCAAACGAAUUUACCAACUUUUCCGGAGGAGUAUUUGAAAGCUUCGCACCAUUUUUAGAUAUAGAUACUGGUUCAAUAAACUUCGAAGGUAAAUUAUCUUUAUCACCUCAAGGGAUAGAAUAUUCAAAUGGUUCAUCUUCAAAGUUCUCAAUUGAUGAUUUUGAAUAUUUAGAAAAACUUGGAGAAGGUAACUAUGGACAAGUGUUUAAAGUCUUACAUAAGACAACUGGGAUAAUAAUGGCACUCAAAAAAAUAAAGUUAGAAUUAGAAACAUCUAAAUUAAAUCAAAUAUCAAUGGAAUUGGAAGUAUUACAUAAUUGUAAUUCUCCUUAUGUAAUAGAUUUUUACGGAGCUUUCUUUGUUGAAGGCACAGUUUACAUAUGCAUGGAAUAUAUGGAUGGUGGUUCACUAUCAAGUGUAACAGAAAAAAAUAAAAAAUUAACUCAUGCUGAUUGUGAUGAUACAAGCUUACAAAUAAGUGGAAUUGAGGAGCAACAAUUAUCAAAAAUUGCCGAAUCCAUUAUUAGGGGUUUAAUGGAGUUAAAAGAUUCACAUAAUAUAAUGCAUAGAGAUGUAAAACCAAGCAAUAUUGUAUACUCAAAGACUGAAGGUUCAAUCAAAUUAUGUGACUUUGGUGUAUCAGGAAAUCUAGUUGCCUCAUUGGCUAAAACAAAUAUUGGCUGUCAAUCAUAUAUGGCGCCAGAACGUAUUAACUCUAAUGAUCAGACGUCGGUACCCUAUUCUGUUCACUCCGACAUCUGGUCAUUAGGAAUUACUAUAGUAGAAUUGGCUCUUGGUUACUAUCCCUACCCUGCUGAAAUAUAUGAUAAUAUAUUUUCACAAUUAAAUGCAAUUGUAUCAGGUCCAGUCCCUACUUUACCUUCUGAUAAAUUCAGUACUAAUGCGCAAGAUUUUAUAUCUUUAUGCUUAAAAAAGAUCCACACGAAAGACGGUCAUAUAAAGAAUUAUUAA